UAAACAGCAUGACCUGUGUACCCCAAUGACAGGACUUAAGAUGGUGAAAAUUUGCUUAACAUUGCAGUCUUUUAUUUAAUUUACAGUAAAAUAAACAAGGUUGAGGAAGUUUGAGAAGAUGCCGGCCGGUGUGUCUUGGCCUCGGUACCUGAGGAUGUUAAGUGCCAGUAUACUGGCCAUGUUUGCAGGAGCACAGGCAGUCCACAUGUACUACCUACCUGAUCUGAGUAUACCAGAGAUCCCACCAAAGCCAGGGGAGCUGAAGACAGAGCUGCGGGGCUACAAAAUCAGAGAAGAAGCUACUGCUGCGUUACAGCAACUGAAAACAGAACAAAAGGUGGACUGAUGAGGAAUUAUACAUCCUCUUUAUGAUGGACACUCAAUCAAACCGACUAUGUCCAAUUUAUUGCCAACAGUUAGAAGUUGCCACGUGCCGGCGAAUAAAGUAAGUGCUUCAUCCGCAGGUGGAUAUUUUCUGUGUGUGGUGUUUUCUUCUAAUGGCGCAAAUAGGAGUGGAACAAAAUGCCACGCUGCUGGCGUCUGGCUGCUUGAAAUAAGGAUCUUAUCUAAAACAAGAUUGUUUGAUUUAUACAGCCAUUUCUAUCUUUGUGUCAUCAUCCUUUUUGGAAUGUGUUUGCAUUUUUUAAUCGAGUGAUGAAAUAUGUGUGACAGUAAGAGGACAUGAAUGCACCAUAACUGCUGAAAACAGGAAGUCAUUUUUGUUCUUUUCAAAAGUACAUCUUUUGAUUGUUUCUCCCAUAGCAGAUAAAAUGUGUUAGAAAUAAAAAAUAUUAAAUUAAAUUUUUGUCAUUACUUUGUGUUAAAUGUUAGUCAUCUGUAUGGAAAAUGCAAAAAAACUUAUAUGUGAUAAUCGAUUGUUUAAAGUAAUUUAUUAAUCAUAAAUGCCAAACAUUGUUUCCAGACUCUAAAAUGGAAAGAAAUGAUGCUUCUCUCUCUAUUUCAUCAUUGUAAGUUAAUCAAAUGUAAAUUUUGGGUUCUGACUGUUGGUUAGACAAAACUCACAACAUAAAGAUGUGACUUUUGGCUUUA